UAUAAAAUAUAGUAGGACAUUCUGUUUAUGGAAAAUACUGAAUAACUAAUGCUAUGUGUAACAUAAAGUAGGUGUACUCGGAUAUUAGCGCUACAGAUUGUUGCCUUUACCUGUGAUAUGUUGGUGUACGCAAUGUUUACCUCAAGAUCCAUUACACGUGAAUGAGUAUGCAAUUAAUCUGUUUCUGAGUUAAUUCCUUGAUACAAGACAUCGGAUUGAACGCUUUAACAAGUGGAGCGUAAUCACCAUGGAGGCAAGUCAAGACCCUUGGCUGAGGAAGCCUUAUAAAGAGCGUAUUACCGAAAGUAUAUACCCACUGUUGUUGUGUGGUUGUAGGUUUAUACUUUCGUUGACACAGUUUUCUGUGGCGGUUGACACUUUUGUUAUGCUCAAGGAGCUUAACCGUAUGAAUAACGAUUCGUUCGACGUGUCAUUAAGGAAUAUCGCAGACACUGUCGAGCCAAAGGAUUAUGAUUGGGUGCCAACAUUAACCACACCAAAAGAUCGUGGUGAAGCGAUUACUACCAACUACGGUACCAAUAAACUCUUUAACCUCUAUAUCAUAAGGCUGUCACACUAUUUCAGAAGGCAACUGGGAGAGAUCGUCAUCUGUCCCGCAACAAUAUCACUGAUAUUCAUGACAGUGUUGACCGUAUUUGACUUAUAUGAAAUCCUGCAGUCAACUUACGCACGAGCUAAGCUGCAGCGCAUUCGUACCUGGUUGCAGACGUCACUAUAUGUCUUCACAUUCACGCUCAUCACUCUGCAAUUGGUGACACUGCUCUACGAGAGCAGUGAAAUAGCACAUAUGGAAGUGGUGUACUCUUUUCUAUUUGCAUACGAAUCAAGAAUUGAUACUCUUAAUCCAAUGCUCAUGAAAUCUGGAGUCAGGUCGCUCAAGUACCGAUUGGUGGCAUGCAUCAUUUUUAACAUAGCCUCCCUGGUGCCCGAUACCUACCUUAUCCUCGUUAGGACAAUACAGCCACUGAGGCUGUACACUAUAGUGAAUUCCAUGAAAGUGGCCACCGGUCUAAUUACACUGGGUACCCUUGUCAUGAUAGGGAUCAUGAAGUACUACAUUCUCUCUGCACUCGACCCCAAGCUACUUGGUGACAAGACCUCAAUACAGCUGAUCCAACAUAACCCACUUAUGGAUAUCAACUACUAUUAUCCUAGAACAACAAACAAGGUUGACAUGAUCACUACCUCCAGCUCAUUUAUUUCACAGGAGCUCACUCACCUGCCAGUAUUCAGCAAUAGUGAUCAAAUUAACUUUAGGCUACUCAGGACAAUCAAGGAAUUGAGGUUGAAUGAGGAGAAUUAUGGUUCAAAGGAUGCUAUUACUGUGACACAGAAAAUAGUAAACCAAUUUGAAAACAAACCAAGUCCUACCAAUACCAAUGUUGCACUAGAAACUAACAUGGCCAACUAUGCAUUUGUCCAGAGUUCGUACGCACAGAUGAAAACAGCAUUAAACGUCCUACUACUGCUAUGCGUGUACUUCACAAUAUCAGCACUGGGAUUCGGACUGUACGCAUUCCUCAUGGUAAUUAGGAGACACAAGAUUUAUAUAUAUGUCAACCUGAUUGUUGAUGUGGUUGGCAUCGUGUGGCAAGUAUGUAACAUUAUACUGGCGGUUUACCCAAUGGAAACCACGGAGUUUUUCUGCGAUGCUGGAACGUACCUCCCGGGUACUGCAACACUCAACUUCGAGACGAACGCCGUAUUCACAUGGUUCUGCAGAGCUAAACCAAUAGCGUCCCUGCUAUUUGGUAUGGCUAUAGUUCAACUAGCCAUAUUCGUCUCGGACAUUAUCGUACUGUACCUCCUAUGGAAGUGACAUCGGCACUCAAUGUCUAAAGUAACCCAGCAAACGCUGGAGCAU